AUGGCGCAGUGCACGCUUUUCCUGGUGCUGGCAGCCGCCCUGGCCCCGACACAGACCCGCGCGGGUGACGCGCCACCCCCAGGCUCACACUCGCUGCGGCAUUUCCACACCGCCGUGUCACGGUCCUGCUUCUGGGAGCCCCGGUACAUGGAAUUCAGCUACGUGGACGACACACAGUUUGAGGGCUUCGACAGCGACGCGGAGAAUCCGAGGAUGGAGCCGCGCGCGUCGUGGGUGGAGAAGCAGGGUCCAAAGUAUUGGGAGGAGGCGACAGAGAUCGCCAAAAGAAAUGAACAGAUUUUUCGAGUGCAUCUGAGGACCCUGCUCCACGACUACAACCAGAGCGAAGGCGGCUCUCACACCAUCCAGUGGAUGUAUGGCUGUGAAGUCGGGUCGGACGGGAGCCUCCUCCGUGGGUACUGGCAGUCCGCCUACGAUGGCCGCGAUUACAUCGCCCUGAACGAAGACCUGAAAACAUGGAAGGCAGCAGACUUGGAGGCGCAGAUCACCCGAAGCCAGUGGGAGCAGGAUGGUGAAGCAGAGAUACAGAGGGCCUACCUGGAGGGCGACUGCGUGGAGUGGCUCCUCAGAUACCUGGAGUGCGGGAAGGAGACGCUGCUGCGCACAGAUCCCCCAAAAGCACGUGUAGCCCAUCACCACAGACAAGAAGGUGAUGUCACCUUGAGGUGCUGGGCCAUUGGCUUCUACCCUGCUGACAUCACCCUGACCUGGCAGUUGAAUGGGGAGGACCUGACCCAGGACAUGGAGCUUGUGGAGACCAGGCCUUCAGGGGAUGGAACCUUCCAGAAGUGGGCAUCUGUGGUGGUGCCUCUUGGGAAGGAGCAGAAUUACACAUGCCAUGUGUACCAUGAGGGGCUGCCUGAGCCCCUCACCCUGAGAUGGGAGCCUCCUCCAUCCACUGACUCUAACAUGGUGAUCAUUGCUGUUCUAAUUGUCCUUGGAGCUGUGGCCAUCAUUGGAGCUGUGGUGGCUUUUGUGAUAAAGAGGAGGAGAAACACAGGUAGGAAAAGGCAGGGUCUGAGUUUUCUCUCAGCCACCUUUAUAAGUGUGCUCUGCUCAUUAUGGGAGACACAUCUAUACCCCGCAUUGCUGCUGUCUCCAACUGGGUCUGCUGUCAAUCCUGGAAACUUCCUAGUGUCAAGAUCUUCCUUGAACUCUCACAGCUUGUCUUCUCAUAGGUGGAAAAGGAGGAGACUAUGCUCCAGCUCCACGUUAGUGUGGGUCACAGGGUUGUACUGA